AUGGCGGCAGUGGCGGAGGCUGGGACGCCCACCCCGGCGGAUGCGAUGGAGGAGUCGGUGGCGACGGAGACAGGGACUUCCGCCCGGGAAGCCAUGGCGGAGGUGGCACUGCGGCGGAGGUGGAGGUGCCUGCUCCGGAGGCCCGACAGGGGCGGAGACGCCUGCCUCGGUGGUCGCGAUAGAGGGCGAGGCGGCCAUGGGGACACUCGCUCUGGUGCCCGCGUCGGAGGUGGUGGCGCCGACGGGCGAGCCUGCGACAGCCUCGACGGGGGCAGGGGCGCAUGCGCCGGGACCGUCGGUGAGCCUAGCGGCUUCCAGGAUGGUGGUGCCCGUUUUGACGGUGGCGUCAGGGUUGGCUCCCGCCUCUGCCUCGGCUACUCCCGUUCCCAAGGCGUGGAGAGGGUCCGUCCUGCGUUGGUCAUCUCGUGA